UCUGUUUUUUCGCUUCUCAUCACAACAAUAUAUGAUUCCCAAAAGUUCAAAAAUCCAGGGAGUGGGUGAUAUUUCAAACUCAAGACCCCCCAAAAAACUAAAUGCAAGAAAGGGAAUUUCUUCAGUACAGUUACAUGCAGUGCACUAGAGGGCCCUCAGGAUUUAGAAAUAGAUGGAAUGCACUUUUGAAAGGCACAUACUUCACAGGACUUUUCAUUACCGAAUUUAAAAUAGAAGUUGCUGUGGUUUUGUGUGUGGAGUUGUUUAGUUUGGUUUUUUUUAAUAACGUGAGGUUCAUGUAAGUUUAUAGCAAUUCAUAUGCAAGCACCUCUCAGUAAAGUUAGCUUCUCAACAGUUCUUAGCUUGCAAUGAAAUACCUAAAUGUGAAUCAUACUUAAAAGUAAAAUAUGUUUUAGAUGCCAGCUUUUACUCAGUUACUUUUAUUAACCUAAGGAGUUUACCAGAACAAAGGAUGUGUCAAGCUGAAUAGUUUGUAAAGAAGAUACAUAGAUCUUUUAGACUACAAGUCAGUAAACUUUGCUUACACAGCUGGCUCCAUUCAUUCUCUGAAGCCAAUCACUUCCCCCGUGGUGGCUGAUAAGAAUUUAACAGUUUGAGAAGGUGGAGUGUCAGCAUCCUUAGUGCUGACCACUUUCCCAGGCAUAUCAGUAGCCUCUGUCCAUCACCCAUGCUGGAAACUACUUGGAAAAGGAGAAAUAGAAAUUGGGGAAGGGAAAUCAUGCAUCAUCAUCCUGGCUGGAAUGUACAGAAGACUUUAUGCUGUUUUCAUCAUGUGGAUUCACUAGAGAAAUGACCCCUUUUGAUCAGCCAAGUAAAAUCAAAAACUUGUUUAUUUGCUGCCUGUGGCCCUCACGGGUGCUGAGGCUCUGGACUUGCCGGCGCCCAAGGACAAGGAGGAAUCUGCUAGUGGGUACUGCGUGUGUGAUCUACCUGGGAUUCCUUGUCAGCCAAGUGGGUCAUAUUUUACCGCAGCACAAAGGAGGACAUCAAAAGAUCAGUUCCAGGAGUCUCCAAGAUGCAGCUCAAACUCCUUUUCUGGGCAUCCCACUGGAUGGCACCCUGUCACCACCCAAUUUCCAGGAACCCCAGCUUGGUAGCAAUGGGACCUUGCUGCCACCCAAUGUAGUUUAUAUCACCCUGCGGUCCAAACGCAGCAAGCCUGCCAACAUCAGGGGCACAGUGAAGCCAAAGCGCAGGAAGAAAAAUGCAAUCCCGUUGUCCUAUGGGCAGCACUUAUCAAAAGCCAAUUUUAUGGGCUGGGAAGAGGCCUUUGCCCAACAGCAAGGGCGGGCCACACAUGCCGCAGGCACAAUGGGAGCAGCGAUCUCUCUGGAGGCAAGAAAGUACCAACUGGAUGAACGCAGGCAUAAAGGAAUUGGUAUCAGGGAGAGAAGUCACCAGAGACCUGGGAAGAUUUCUGGAGCUGUAAAGGCACAACUCCAGUCUGAGGAAAGCAAUAUCAGGAUUUACAGCGAGAGCCCUCCCUCAUGGAUGAGCAAAGAUGACAUCCUAAACAUGCGCAUGCUGGCAGACUCUCCCAUAGAGAGCAUUCAAGAAGUACCUUCGCACAAAGCAGUCCUGGUAGUAUUUGCAAGAGGUCCCAGCACUACAGGAACUGCUUGUAGUCAAGGACACUGUGGAAUUGUCAAAAGACCUCUCGACAUGAGUGAGGUUUUUGCCUUUCAUUUGGACAGGAUCUUGGGGCUAAACAGGAGCUUACCUUCUGUAAGCAGGAGAUCAGAGUUCUUCCAAGGUGGUCAAGCCUGUCCUGUUAUCCUCUGGGAUUCCUCACUGAGUCCAACAGAUAACAGUACCCAUUCUUCAGUGAGGUUAACAUGGGGACAAUAUCAGCAGCUAUUGAAGAAGAAGUGCUGGCAGAAUGGUAAAGUUCCCAAAGCUGAAUGGGGCUGUACUGGAAUCCAUCAUCAUGAGUGGUCCAAGAUGGCACUCUUUGAUUUUCUCUUGCAGAUCUAUAAUCGACUAGACAGAAAUUGUUGUGGAUUCAAACCUCUCAAGGAGGAUUUCUGCAUGCAGCAAGGACUGAAGCUGAAAUGCAAUGAUCAGGAUGCUGUUGACCUGACACACAUAGUUCAGAGAAGGCAUGACCAAAGGCACUUGGCCUUUAUAGACAAUAAGGGUUUCUUUGACAGAAAUGAGGACAAUCUUGACUUCAAAAUACUACAAGGAAUCAAUGAAUUCCCUGCUUCUGCAGUUUCAGUUCUGAGGAGCCAGCGUUUACGUGAGAAGUUGCUCCAGUCUUUGUUCCUUGACAAAAUAUACUGGGAGAGCCAAGGAGGAAGAAAAGGAAUUGAAAAGCUUAUUGAUGUAAUAGAAAGGAGGUCCAAAAUUCUUCUUACUUAUAUAAAUGCACAUGGAGCCAAAGUAUUGCCCAUGAAUGAAUGAAACAGUCUUGUUUCCAUCUGAAAGGAAGUCUUAAAAAAAUAUUUUAUGGGGCAGAAACUGAUGGUAAAAUUGAUUUAAUUCAUAGCAUUAUUUUUUUCCCAAACUUUAAAAGUUUACUUUUAAAUAAGAAAUCUUACAUGGUUUAAAAGCAACAUUUAAAUGUCAUCUGCAGCUCAACACAAUGCAGUCUCUUCUAUGUCACCAGUGAAAUGAACCAAAUGAUAAUAUGCAGAAAUAUGUAGGUACCAUGAACACUCUUUCUGUUAAACUGUUUGGAAAUUAUCAGCAAGAUUUUCAGUACAUUAUGCUAGAUUGCUCUUACUUCCCUCACUGAAGUUAGUAAGCUGCAAGUCUGAAAGGGAAAAGAGACGUGUAAGCACUUGAUACAUUGAUGACACUUGCUGAAACAUAUCUAGUACAGGAAUUUGUUCUUUUAUUAGGUAUACUAAAAUGCCAGCAUUUCCAAGGGCUUCUUUCACUUUGUUUUAUUUUGUUCUUUUGAAAUCUGAGAACUAAAUUCAGCUUUUUAAAUGCAGGA